GCAAAGUAAGAAUCUCAUGGCUUUCAUGGUUCUUGAAUGUCUGUUAUUGCUACGUAUGUAACUUGUGCGAUCUUCCUAUGUUUGUCGAAAUCGUCCGCGACUCCGUUAUUUAUACCCGAAAAAAAUCGUUAAAAUUAUCGACGAAGUAGUACCUAUCGUUAUAUCCUUCAUAUUGUCCACCAAAAGCACCAAAAGAAACAUUAAGAUAAACGUGUAAAUUCACCAAAAAAAAAAAAAAAAAAAAAAAAAAAUCAGUAAGUUACAGUCGAUAGUUUAGAACAAUAACAGAGUGAAAAGUGAGUAGGGCGCGAUUUAGAGUGAGAAUCAUUUUAGCGUUAGUUAUUAUUGUCGUUUCGUGUUUAUCUUUAAUACGUUUUGUAUCUGUCAAGCAUAAUUUUUGCUAAUUUAUCUUAUAUUUAAUAGCUACCUAUUUCUGCGAUAUCAAAAUUAUUACUUUUGUCUAUCAUAUUCGUUAUAUUGAACUACAUCGUGCAUAUCUAUAGCCCAUGUGUAAAGAAUAUUAAAAUGUCGAUUACGAAAAUGGAAAUAAGAUUCUUCCUUGAAGCUUAAAAAAUAAGCCUUUUAAAGCUUAAACGAUAUUCUGAAAUUAUAGAAUUACACGACUGCAUGUUUGAUAGAAAUAAAGCAAUCAUGGAAGUUGGCCUUCCAAGAAUUUUUCCGCAACCCUUGCCUAUAUAUGUAUAGGUAGAUGCCAGAAAUCGUUGUUUAAAGAUAAUAACGAGCAUAGAAGUCACCUGCUUGCCAUCGUUGUAUAUUGCAAUCGCACCUUUAGGUGCUUUUUUUUGCGUCUCGUAUACAUACGAUUCGAGGUUCGCCAAAUCUUAAUGAUCGUAUCACGUAAUCGCUGCAUCCCGAUAGCAUUAACCGAUGAGCGUCCACUUGUUGCUUAUUUCUUGGAGUGGAAUAUUACGAACGACAUAAAUAAGAUUGUAUAAGGAAAAUUAUUCAAAUUUCACUAAUAUCAAAUAUACGUGUAACAUGUACGGGGUAGUUAAUUUCGCCAUUAUUUUCAGUGACGUUAGAUCAAUCGUCGCAAUUAAUCGAAUAGUGAAGUAUAGUCAUUACUUAUCUUAUCACAUCGAUUCUAUCUUCUGUAUCUUAAUUAAAAAUUUUAUUCGUCCCGAGAUAAUCACCUAUUUUACUCGAUGUCUUAUCGAAUUAUAAAAGAAAUGUUUCCAUUAUAUUUUUUGACAACUGACGAUAAUAGAAUAUGAAAUAUAAAACAGAUAUUGCUCGAAAAAUAGUUAUUCCAACAACUGUGGUAAAUUAAAUCUAAUUAAAAAGAAAUUAAAUAGAUCAGAUAGAACAAAAUUGAACAGUGACGAAUAUUUAACUUUUUACUUGAAUAUCAGUAUCUCACCGUCUAAAAGUUCUUUUCUCUUUUAUUUGCUCGAAUAUCGCACUUAAAAAGAUAAUAAUAUGUAGAAUGUAUAAGAUAUAGAUACGAUUGAAUAAAUUGUGUCUUGUAAUAUUUGAAGUAAUGUUUUACUUCAUACGUUUGAUCAUUUAAACGGAUCAUCCCAUUAUACGAUUUAUGGUAUACGUAGUUGUAAAAUUGCGCAAAAUUAAUAUCAUUUAUAGAAUGAAGACUGAUUCAUGAUUCACAAGCAACGAUACUUCGUUUCUUUGAUCCGUUGAAAAAUACAAUUUCCUUUCCGCCAAUGAGGUCAGUACGAUAAAGAAAUAGACACAGAUAACGAGGAACAAGAAAUUAACGGCAUAUGAUUUUUUAUACGUUAAUCGCGUAUCUUGUCAAGGUAGUGAUAUUGAUUGAAGAUAUCUAUCCCGAUAAGGGUGAAGUUUCCAUGAUAAGCCAGCAAAGGGUAUUUCUACACCUCCAAGCUUUUCAGCAUUCGUGGAUGAACAUUCGUAGCAUCGACGUGAAUUAAAUAGUUAUAGCAAGAAACAUGAGAGUGCACGAAUUUUUAAUAAUCUUGUUCACGAUCGGACUCGUUGCCUCGCAAUCGGGGGAACGAACGCUCAAGUGCUUCAAAUGCGACGGCGAUUCAUGUAAAGAACAGAAAGUUUCCACGGAAACGUGCAAGAUAAAUCCUCCAGACACGAAUACAACCCCAACUGUACCAUCGGCUGAACCAUCGACUGAACCAUCGACUCAACCAUCGGCUGAACCAUCGGCUGAACCAUCGGCUGAACCAUCGGCUGAACCAUCGGCUGAACCAUCGGCUGAACCAUCGGCUGAACCAUCGACUGAACCAUCGGCUGAACCAUCGACUGAACCAUCGGCUGAACCAUCGGCUGAACCAUCGGCUGAACCAUCGGCUGAACCAUCGGCUGAACCAUCGGCUGAACCAUCGGCUGAACCAUCGGCUGAACCAUCGGCUGAACCAUCGGCUGAACCAUCGGCUGAACCAUCGGCUGAACCAUCGGCUGAACCAUCGGCUGAACCAUCGGCUGAACCAUCGGCUGAACCAUCGGCUGAACCAUCGGCUAAACCAUCGGCUGAACCAUCGGCUGAACCAUCAACGACCACGACUACAACAAGAGUAAAUACUACAGCCAAGAAUAAAUCAACGGUCACGGCUUCAGUCACGACUAACUCAAUGACCAACGCUUCAGCCAAGAAACUUGACAUGAAUACUGAUAGAAAGCGUAGAAGUGUAAUCGGUCGGUUCCCACGAAUACAGUCCGUUAAUGACAACGUUACAUAUCACUGUUAUUUAAAAAUUGAGAAUGGCACGGAAUCCAGGGGUUGUACCACGGAAGAUGAUUUCUGCAAAAAUAACAGUUCUACAUGUAAACUCUGCGAAACGGACGAAUGCAAUUCAGCAACGUCAACUGUUGUAUUUACAUCUAUGAUUUUCUCUUUGGCAGUAAUCCUAUUAUUUGUAAGAUAAACUAAUAGUUUUCUUAUCGUGAAGCCACCUUUUUUAACAACAACAAUCAACAAUGCCUCAGCAACGAUCAACUAGAUUUUUCCAUUUCUUCUUGAUAAAAAAAAGACAUUGUAUCGAACGGACAUAGAGUUUUAUAAAUUUAACAGUAAGAAAGAAGUGGGAUUCUAUUGACAAUUAUAACUAAAAUAACAUAUUGUACAUAUAUCUAUAAAGUUGUAAAAUAAAAGCUUUAUUUAUGUAA